GGUCAGGCCCUGAGUGCAGUUUCAGUUUUGGCAGCAGAGCCCGGUGCCCUGCUGGCAGCUUCUAGAGAGGCAGGGAUUACGGACCGGCCAGAAAACUGCACCCCUGGUACUGGAUCAGCGGGGAAAGGAAGUAGCUAAAACACCUCACGGAAGGCCUGGGCAGCACAGGCCCCUGGGGAGCCACCGGCCAUGAUGCUGUCCUUGCUUGUCUCCCUGCUGGCCAUCUUCCCAGUGGUUUCCACGAGAAGCCCCAUAUUCGGCCCCAAGGUGGUGAGCGCUAUGGAAGGUAGUUCUGUGUCCAUCACGUGCUACUACCCAGACACCUCGGUCAACAGGCACACCCGGAAGUACUGGUGCCGGCAGGGAGCCACGGGCAGCUGUGUGACCCUCAUCUCCUCAGAAGGCUACAUCUCCAAGGGCUACGUGGGCAGAUCCGACCUCACCAACUUUCCAGCCAGCAGCUACUUCGUGGUGAACAUCACCCACGUCAACCGCGAAGACUCUGGGCACUACAAGUGCGGCCUGGGCAUCAACACCCGAGGCCUGAACUUCGAUGUGGGCCUGGAGGUCAGCGAGGAUCCUCGGCUCCUGAAUGACACUGAGGUCUACACCGGGGAUGUGGGCGGCACGGUGACCAUCAGCUGCCCUUUCAGCAGUGAGAAUGCUCAGAAGAAGAAGCUCCUGUGCAAGGAGAAGGAUGAGACCUGCGAGUUAAUCAUCGACUCGAAUAAUGCUGUGAACUCCGACUUUGACGGCCGAGUUCGCAUGGUUUUUCCAGACACUGUGCAGCGAUUAUUCAGCGUUGUCAUCAGCCAACUGAGACCCAGCGACACGGGGGUGUACGUCUGCCAAGCUGGGGAAGACCCCAGCGGGGACAAAACGUAUGUCGAUCUGCAGGUGCUGAAGCCCCAGCCUGUGCUGGUGUACGGACAGCUGAGGGGCUCGGUGACGUUCGACUGUGCCCUGGGCCCUGAGAUGGCCAAUGUGCACAAAUUCCUGUGCCGGGUGAACAAGGACAAAUCCUGCGAGGUGAUCAUCAACACCCUGGGGAAGAGGGACCCAGCCUUCGAGGGCAGGAUCCUGCUCCUCCCCGGGGACGCCUCAGACGGCCGCUUCAGUGUGCUGAUCACAGGCCUGAGGACGGGGGACGAGGGGCAGUACCUGUGUGGCGCCCACCCAGACGGGGUGCCAACGGAUGGCUGGCACCUCCAGGCCUGGCAGCUCUUCAUCAACCAGGAGACCAUAAUCCCCCAGACUCCCACCGUCGUGAAGGGCGUGACGGGUGGCUCUGUGGCUGUGCGCUGCCCCUACAACCCCAAGGAGAGCGAGAGCUUGAAGUACUGGUGUCGCUGGGAAGGGGAAGGGAACGCCCGCUGCCUGCUGCUGGUGGAGAGCCAGGGGCUGGUUCAGGCGGAGUACGAGGGCAGGCUGGCUCUCUUUGAGGAGCCGGGCAACGGCUCCUACACCAUCAUCCUCAACCAGCUCACCGCGAAGGACGCCGGCUUCUACUGGUGCCUCACCAAUGGCGACAUCCGCUGGAGGACCACGGUGGAGCUCAAGGUUGUGGACGGGGAACCGAGCCUCAAGGUACCAGAGAAUACAACCGCUGUGUUAGGAGAGACCGUCAAGCUCGACUGCCACUACCCAUGCAGAUUCAAAGCCGACAUUAAAUACUGGUGUAAGUGGAGCGACCAGGGCUGCCCGGCCCUGCCCAGCCAAGAUGAAAGCCCCGGCCAGGCCCACACAAGCUGUGACCCGGACAGCGGGCUCAUCUCCCUGAGCCUGCAGUCAGUCACCAGGGAGGACGAGGGCUGGUACUGGUGUGGCGUGAAGGAGGGCGAGACCUUCGGAGAGACUGCGGCUGUCUAUCUGGCGGUGAAGGAGGCGGCGAGGGGGUCUGGAGUCCCCAACCCAGCCAACCCACAGAUUGCAAACAGUGCUCCCGAGGAGGAGGUGGUAGUGCCCCAAGGCAGGGAGGUUGAGAACAAAGCCAUCCAGAACAAAGCUGUUCUGAACCCCAAGCUUUUCUCUGAGGAAAGAGUGGUGGAGGACCCAGGAAACCAAGCCGGUGGGAGCAGAGCAUCCAGCUCUGACAGCAGCUCUCAGGGACAAAGCAGGACCUCCAAAGUUCUGCUCUCCACCCUGGUGCCCCUGGGCCUGGUGCUGUUGAUAGGAACCGUGGCUGUGUGGGUGGCCAGAGCCCGGCACCGGAAGAACGUGGACCGCUUAUCAAUUAGAAGCUACCGGACAGACAUCAGCAUGUCGGACUUCGAGAACUCCAGAGAUCUCGGUGGCAGUGAUAACGUGGGAGCCUCCACAGUCACUCAGGAGACAGAGCUUGAAGGGAAAGUCGAGGCCAUGGCCAAUGCCGAGAGCACCGUGGACACUGAGGAGCCCAAGAGGGCAAAAAGGUCGUCCAAGGAGGAAGCUGACAUGGCCUACUCGGCCUUCCUGAUCCAGUCCAGCAACAUUGCUGCCCAGGCCCAGGACGGCCCCACGGAUGCCUGAGCAGCACCAGACACCUGUCGCUCGCCCAUGACAAUCACCUUCAGAAUCAUGUUGAUCUUCGGGGCCCCCGCUCCAGGGGUCUCCACUGCCUGCCUUCACCCCACCAGGGCUCCCCCAUCCUCAGAGGUGCGCUGCUCCGCCUUCUCCACCCUUGGUGACGCUGAAGCCUCGCCUAAUUGCCUCUGUUAGUGCGAGGGAGUGAUUCGGUGAGGGGCGCCCACCCGCAGCUUCUUUCUGUUGAGAGAACCUAGGGUACUGGGGGAGGAGUCAGGGAGGGGACACCCUGAAAGCAGAGGGACCAGUUGGGGCUCAUCUCAGGAAAGAGCCAUUUGGAGACCUCUGUACCCGUGUGGUGAGAUUUACCCCUUUGCUUCAUCUCUGCCUCCCUCCCUUCCUGUCUUCCUCUUUCCUUCGUUCCAAAGACGUGUGUGAAUCCAGGUGCCCUGCUGCACACUGGGACAGGUGUGCCUUAAAAGGCCACAUGCAUGUCCCCGGACAAGGCCAGAGCCUCUGCGUCUGUUCACUCAGGAACACGAGACCUCUCACCUCUGCCCUUGCUGGGGGAUGUCAUAGAGUGCCAGGGUCCUGGGGCAUCCACGCAGUCUUCACAGAUACACAUUCUUACUCCGCUAGAUAGGACAGGGGUCCUGAGAGGGACCUGGCGGGCACCCUGUGACAUAAACCAGCAUCGAAAAGAUCGGGCAUCUCCUAUCUUCUUGACCAGCAAUCUCUCUUUGAGCCCCUGUCCCCUGUUGGAGGCAACUGUAGAAUAAGCAGGAAGGGAAGAAACAUGUACACGGAGGCAGAGCUUUCACAGGCCCUAACCCAGGGGAGACGGCCUUCUCCCUUCCUGUCACUCACGUGGAUCUGGGAUG